CGAGCGAAGACAUACAGAUGAUAGACGUGGAGCAUGAAGCGACUGACAGUGAGGAUGCCGCCGCACCAGAUGACUAUGGAACGUCCAGAGGCUUCUUCUCAUUCGCAUCGCAGCUCGGGCGACAAUUGACGCAGGAUGCCAUGGAUCUGUCGACGUCGGCCGUGGAAACGGCCAAGUAUUUGGCGGUGGAGUCGACAAAGGUGGUGGAGAAGGCCAGCCUCAUGGCACAGGAGUCUCUGGCAGAAGCGUUCGAAGCGUCAGAAGAAACCCACCUCGAUAUGAUCCUGGACUUGCCAUGGGUAGACGCCGAAGGAUGCACACACGAUGAGGUCAAAGACGGCGUGUUUUCCAUCAGCAGGACAAAGGCCAACUUCCAUCGGUUGUCCCUACCGACUCUGGAGCCCAUCUUCGACAUCGACCGAUUUGUCCAGAUUGCCCCGGCCCUCCUUGCCCUGGACGACCAGCUGAGACAGCGUCACUUUGAGUUGUCGUACAAACUUGCCGAAGACGUGUUCUGGGGCAACUACUUUUACCAUUGCCACGUGCUGCGCGUGGAGCAUGGGCUAUCCCCGUACAUGCCUAUCGAUGGCCGCGUGGUUCCCAUGGCCAUACCAGACACCAAUCAAGCCGCCGACGACGACGCGUCGGCUUUGCAUGUGGACGAAGAAGAGUAUGGCGGCGUGGCGGACGAUGUCGCAGACGGUCGCGUGGAAGCAGCCGGCCCCAUCACGACUACCCAGGACGACCAAAAACCACCGACGACUUCGACCUUUAGCACGAUGAAGUCGAACCUGCUGCAUCGAUCGGUGCAAGCCAAGCAGAAGAUGCAAACGAUCAAGCGCAAGAUUCACUUUCCAUCGCCAGAAAAGAUCAAGGACAUGCAGUCGUCGCUGCUGCGGCGCAAGUCGAGCGUCACGGAAUCGUUGGAGCGCAUGUCCAUCCCGACCAUGUCGUCGUUCAGACGAAGUCCGUCGUCGUUUCUGCGGAGUCGAUCGAAAUCGUAAGCCUGUGUCGUGUACUGAUGACGCCUUUUUUCGAGUACUCACGUGGUUAUGUGGAUGGGCGGCAGGGGCGCCAGUGAGCCGGAAGACGUCGACACGGACCGCCUGAGUGAACUGGGCACGCCGCCGUCGGCCACGUCGGAAUGUAGCCACGAGUUUGAUGAUUAAGGAUGAACAUGGUGGAAUGGCCUUCACUUUGGAGGGGAGGCUGGCUACACAUGUAGUCCAACAUAUCGUGAGAUAUGAGAUACGGCAGCUGCGACGGGGUGUGAUGCGGCAUAGGAGUUACGAGGCAGGAUUCAUGCAUUUGCAGGUUUA